GCAGUUUCAGGUCCAGUGAGGCACGGAGCCAACUGCAAGUCAGCGUAGGGCCGGCCAUGACAGGGUUAACAGAACCCUGGUAGCUGGGGGGGAAGGAGGAGCAGGAGCUGUGGGAGGGGAGUUUACACAUAUCUCUCACCAGCCAGUUUCCCGGGCAGACAGGCGUGGGGGAGCAAAGUUGCAUGGUCUGUACAGCCUGCAGCUGGGAUUUUCUGCACAGGGAGCAAAGCUGCAUGGUCUGUACAGCCUGCAGCUGGGUUUUUUCUGCGCGGGGAGAAAAGCUGCAUGGUCUGUACAGCCUGCAACUGGGAUUUUUCUGCACAGCAAGCGUUGGGACACAGGUAGGGGCGGCGAGAUGGCAGGGAUUGAAGCCCUGUUUGCACAGCUUAGGGCUGAGGCGGCGGUGCGGGGGGAGGACUGGCUGCAGCGUCAGCUGGGGACACUUCUCCCUCAGAACGGGGCAGCAAGCGGCGCGGCGCCGUCGGGGCCUAACCACACGGGCCAGGACAUUAUUCAGAGCGGUGGGGAAGCAGCGCUAUCGGGGCCCAGUCACACCGGCCGGGGGACCGCGCGGUCGCGCUCGUCGCGCCCCCCACGCAGAUAUUCACCCAGCCCAUCCCCUGGUCAGCAGCGGUCGGAAGGCGGCAGGAACAGGGCCCCAUCGGGCCCCCCCGCAAAGCGUGCGGCGGCGCCGGCUACGGGGGUCAUUGAGGGCCCGGCAGGGGGGACCAGGAGCACCCAAGGACAGAGGGGGGGACGGCCGGGGGGCUCAGGUACGGCGGCCGUGCCCGCCCGACGUGUGGAGCAGGUGGAGACGGGCCCGGUCAGCAGGCCUCGGCGAGAGGGAUCCCAGAUUACGGUGGCUAGCCCCUCAGCUGCUACGGCUGGCCACUUGCAGGAAGACCGCAGCAGAGUUACGCCUGGCAGGAAAGCGCCGGCAAAAUCCGCUCACGGGUCCAGGGCCCGCAGGGAGAGCGAAUCCGGCCCUGGGCCUUCGGCCGCCGGGACCGAGCUGCCCGGGGGGUCAUCAUCGGGGGAAGAGGGGCUGUGCGAGGACCAGUCGGAUGGGGAGCUGUCCGGUUCGGAGGAGGAGGUCGUGCCCAGGACGGUGCCUACAGCGAGGGAUUCCAGACGAUCGGCUGAUGGGAUUGCUUCCACGCAGCCCGGUACUGGACCUUUGUUGGUCUGGAUUUUGGGCCACUCUUACGUGGUUCGGGGGGAAAAACGGGCGGAGGCGCGCCCGACCGGUCGGCAACUGGGGAUUUCGAGACAGGAGGCGAGGGUACGGUGGUUGGGGGUACCCGGGAUGUUAUGGAGCAGAGUUGUGCCGGAGGUUCACAAAUGGGCACGUUUGGACAGACCUCCGGAUGUGCUAGUGAUUCAUGCUGGGGGCAAUGAUCUUGGGGUGAGAUCUAUGCUGGAGAUAGCGCGGGAUAUUAAAUUCGACUUUCAGCGGCUCCGGUUGUCUUUCCCGGAGACGGUAGUGGUGUGGUCGGACAUGGUGGCUAGGACAUCGUGGAGGAUGGCGAGGUCGGUAGACGCGGUGAAUCGUGCACGCAGGAAGCUGAACAGGAAUGUGGGGCGUUUUGUGCUAAGGAACGGGGGGCUGGUGGUUCGGCACCCGGAAUUGGAGGUUGACCCUUGGCGUUACCUCAGGAGUGAUGGUGUUCACCUCACGGACGUGGGGAUUGACAUGUGGGCUUUGCGCCUAGAGGAGGGGGUACAACAAGCAAUGAGGGUGUGGAGGUGCGCCCGAAGGUAAGGUGUUACCUUCGGGUGCUGGUGGCGGGUGUUUUUCGGACUUUGCAGGAGAAGAUAUUACCCCAAAGAUGGACACCAGUACCCAGUGGU